AAGAAUAUAAGAUUUUUUCUUCUUUUACUUCAGACAUUUGCAGCUAAAAUUCCUGAAAAUCAUGCGGCCGAAAGAUAUCAACGUAUGAUCGCGAGUUUAACCGAAAUGUGGUCGAUCCCUCGAAACGAGGUUGAAGUUUGCACGGGCCAAACGAAAGUAACAUAUGAUGAUUUUAUGUUAUUUGUAGACGUGAUCCAAUCCGAAGGCGAAAACAAUGAUACCGUGAGAAAGGCCAGCUGUACGUUAGCUUGCUGCGCCCAGGCUCAAGGGACGAUGUCUGGUACAAAUAUCAACAUGGCUGCCGUACACAAUUUGAUCACAAACAGCUCUGCCCCACAUGUCGUAAAGCCGCGACUCCACAUAGCUGUGGAUACAUGCGCGGAACUAGUAAAAAAUAUCAACGACGGGUGCGAUAAGUUUCUUCAGUUUAUAAUGUGUGUCUGUGAUGAUAAAUGGAAAAUAACCAGUUAUUAACAUGUUAAGACUACUAAAUCAAUAAAUACUAUUUUGCAUCUAA